AACAGACUUGUUUUGAUCUGUCAAAAAAUCAGGCGACUGUGCUAGUCAUUUCACACAGGAGUUGAUGUCACUGUGACCAAAGUGUAAACGCAAAACGGUUUGUUUUCGAUGAACACGAAGAUAUUUUCGUGCAGUCGUGUUGCCUCAGUUUUCCAGUGUCUUUAAGAGUCUGGCUCGGUGUUUUUAUAACGCGUUACAUCAGCUAGCAGGCUAACCUGCUGAUAGCAUGCUAGCUUACUGUAUGUUUUAACUAACUUGACGUUAGCUGACAACGCAGUAGCAGCUAGCUGCAGGACGACGGGAGGGCGUAUGUAUGUAGUUGUAUGCUUUCACGUUUUCUAAUUGCACUGUAGGCUAGAUACUGGCGUGAAUCUUGUGCGUAACUUGCUAUAGAUCUGUGACGUUAAUGUUACACUGACAUUUCCAGCAACUACCCUUCUUUAGCCGCUAGCUGCCCAGCCUGUUCCUUGUGUCCGUGUGUAUUUCUCUACAUGCCGACAGCAGUUGUGGCUUAAAUUUAUAACAACUAUGUGAAGAAAACUUAGAAUGGUGUUAGUACUGGACAGAUAACAGUGAUGAAGCCUGAACAUCAGCACCCUGCCAUGGCUGAGGAUGGAAAGCUGAGCCCAGUGGGAGGACGCGCUGGCUCAUCAGGCCGCCUGGGCCGACAGACCUACAAAAGUUCAGCCCAUUUCCGCAGCCUGCUGGACGGCCUGCUGGCUCUCAGACAAAGUGGCACUCUGUUUGAUGUGGUGCUGCUGGUGGAGGGUCGACCCAUCCAAGCCCACCGUAUACUUCUGGCAGCCUCUUGCGAUUAUUUUAGGGGAAUGUUUGCUGGAGGCCUUCGGGAGACACAGCAAAAGGAGAUCCCAAUUCAUGGAGUAUCCUACAUGGCCAUGAAGAAAAUACUUGACUACAUCUACACUUCAGAGAUCGAGUUAGACCUGGAGUGUGUGCAGGAAGUCCUGAUAGCUGCCACGCUAGUUCAGCUUGAGAUUGUCAUCGGCUUUUGCUGUGAUUUCCUUUUCUCCUGGCUGGACGAGAGCAACGUUUUAGAGGUCCAUAAUCUAGCUGAUCUGUAUGGACUGCAACAGCUUAAUGCCAGGAUCCACUCCUACAUCCUCAGGAACAUCCAGACUUUGUCUCGCACCGACGUGUACCGACAACUCCCCCAAGAUGUAGUCUUCAGAGCACUGAACAGUGACGAACUUCAGGUGAACAGUGAGAACGAGGCGUAUGAGGCGGCUCUUCACUACCACUACAGUCCUGUGCAGGUGGAAACUGACCAGGUCUACUUGCAGGUCAGUCCCAAGGACAAUCUCAAGAUGCUUGAUGCUGUCCGUUUCUGCCUGAUUGAGAAACACAUGUUGCAGAGGCUGUUUGGCAGACUGAACCAGUGUCCACUGAAGGAUUCUGUGUCUGCUGCCCUGCGGUACCAUGAGCAGGAGAUCUGGCAGCCUGUCCUGCAGAGCCCUCUCACCCAGCCACGUUCAACCCUCCACUGCAUAUUGGGCUUUGGGGGUAUGUUCACCUCCAGCUCCCUCACAGACAACGAGCAUUUGUUUCAGGUGUUCCAUCCGAGCUGGGGGGAGUGGAGGACACUCACUGCAGCUCACGCUCCCCGAAUGUCCAACCAGGGCAUUGCUGUGCUCAACAAUUUUGUUUAUCUAAUUGGAGGAGACAAGAACACCAGUGGGUUUCGUGCAGAGACCCGCUGCUGGAGGUACGACCCUCGCCACAACAGCUGGUGCGCCAUCCAGCCUCUGCAGCAGCAGCAUGCCGACCACUGUGUUUGUGUGUUGGGCAGCCAUAUUUAUGCCGUUGGAGGACGGGACUACAGCAAUGAGCUGGACACAGUGGAGCGCUAUGAUCCACACACCAACAUGUGGGAGUUUGUAUCACCCCUAAAGAGAGAGGUGUACGCCCACGCAGGAGCAGUGUUAGAUGGGAAAAUGUAUAUAACAUGCGGCCGUAGAGGGGUGGCGUACCUCAGAGAGACCUACAGUUUUGACCCUGUGGCCAAUCAUUGGACAGCAUGUGCUGAGGGGCCGGUGGAGCGGGCGUGGCACGGCAUGACUGCUGUCAACAGACGCAUUUAUGUUAUUGGUGGAAGCAAUGAUGAGCAUAGAUAUCGACGUGAUGUCCUGAAGGUGGCAUGCUUUGACCCUGAAGCCAACUCUUGGUCUUUACUGACCCCCCUCCCUGCAGGACAUGGAGAACCCGGCAUAGCCGUGCUGGACAGUCGCAUCUAUGUGCUGGGAGGACGCUCUCAUGACAAAGGCAACAGGAUGAAAUACGUUCACGUGUACAACACCGACACAGACGAGUGGGAGAAUGAGACGGAGUUUAAGGAGCGAGUCUCUGGCCUGGCAGCCUGCGUGGUGCUCAUGCCACCUGCUGUGAUCAACCAGGCCAGGGGCUGGGAGCAGCGUACCAAGGCCUCAUGGGAAGACGUGGACAUGGACAACUCAGAGGACUCUAGUGAGGACUGAAGCAGCUGUUUUGAACUCAAUGUCUGAGCACUGGAGACUGUCAUGCACUUUUCUGACAAAGCAUGUUGAAGAACAUGGAGGAUUAUUUUAUUUUAUUUUAUUUAUUUUUUUGUGGCAAUGCUUAUGAGAGCAUCGUGUCCUUUUUGCACGUGGACCACUAUGAGUGCCUCUGAACCAAAGUGUCAUUCAGGUUCAGGACAUUUGCACACCUUUUUGUUACUUUUGAAAUAUCUUCUUAGAUAAUCACACUCUGCCCGUGAAUACCUUCUAAUAUGCUACUGUCUGUCACUGAUCCCUCAUGAUUACCUGUCACUGUAGCUGCCUCUACAUUGUUUAUCAUAGAGAGAACCUCUGUAUCCUCAAGGGACAGGAAGCAGCGAGACUUCUGGCUAUGCAAUAACAUGGUAAUAGGAAUGAUUCUCAGCAGCCUGCGUUUUUUCUUUCAGGAUUUUUUGACAUAGGAUCUUCUGAAAUGUUGUUUAGACUUCAGAGAUUUACAGCCAGUGCUUACAUUUUAGCUAACUCGUUAAAGCUGAGAAUUAAAGGUCAGGUGUGUAGGAUCUAGUGGCAUCAAGCGGUGAGGUUGCAGAACCAGAACUUCUUCUGUGUGCCAAGCAUGUAGGAUAACUACGGAGGCAAAUGUGAAAACUGAACCGCCCUGUCUAGUGUCAGUAUUUGGUUUUUCCAAUCUAGGCUACUGUAGAACAACAUGGCGGACUCCAUUAAAGAAGACCUGCUCUGUAUGUGGACAUAAAUGACUCAGUCUAAGGUAUCAGGAACACAACUAUUCUCAUUUUCAGGUGAUUAUAAACUAAUAAAAACAUAGUUAUGAAUAUUAUUUACCAUUUCUGCCAAUAGAUGCCCCUAAAUCCUACACACUGGACCUUUAAAUUUAGUUCACAUCUCCACCUUUGUGGUUCCUGGUUAAUGCCAGUUACUGUAAUUAAGUUCUCUUCCCAUCCAAACUACUGAGUAAUCCUUAACUUGUUACAUUUUAACAUUGUGCCUUGUUUUGUGGUUACAUCCUGAACUUGUGUUGUGAAGUGUUUUUUUAUGUUUCCAUGUAUUCUGUUGGUGGAGAUGAGCCUUAGGUAUUGUGCCUCUGACAUCACAAUUUGUUUUGAUUUGUGUUUGUACCUGAAUGAAGAGGUGCCGCUGCUACAGGCUGAAGACCCCAGCUCAUGAUACGUUGCCAUGUCUGUGAAUCACUAACGAAUGUCGAGUCUUGAUAUUUCUGUGAUGAAAACCAAACCACUGUUGUAAUUAUUUUUGUGUCCUUUGUUGAACUUUCAUUCUCAAUAAGUUAUUGCAUUACUGAAUCCAAAGAGCACAAUGAGGGGUAGUUCUAGAAUAUUUCCAUUAGCUGAGUCGAGCUUUGCUUCAUGCUUCUGCUUGUUGCCUCAGUUAAUUGUUAUGCUGUUUAAUAUAAGCAUUUAGGAAGCUUAAUGACACCCGCUCCACUGUGUAUCACUUAUUACACUGUCAUAGGAAAAACUCCAGGAACAAUUCUGUUUUAAAGUGAACUUUUGUUUGUCAUUUAAUGAGAGUUAAGUGUUUAGGAAAAAAUGCAAUGUAUUAGAAGACACUGUCACACAAGAUAUGCAAACUUAGUAUCCUGUUCAUGACAUGAGUUUUGGAAUUUAAUAAAGAUAGUAAUAUAUGACUUUUGUCACGCAUGCACAAGUCAGUUGGGGUAUUUUAGUUUAGUUUUAGUUAGAUUUCUGUUGUGGAAAUGUAUGCAAAAAGGGCUUAGUUAAUGAGAUAAUGCCUCAUUAGCAUAUUUAAACAUGAACUAUUGCAAAACCUGUAAACAAAAAAAUAAUCGUCUUAAUGUUAGUAAUCAGUUGAGGGGAUUUCUAUGGUGAUAUUUACAUAUACCAACCUUUCUGCUGUUAUUCCUCUCUAUUUUCAAGGUUAUUACUGAGGGGUUUGUUCAUACAUCAUUCAUAGCCUGAUUUAUGGAGCAUUUUAUUCCUAAAACAUGCCAAAAAAAUGUUUUUUUUCUGAUUUAUGGAGUGACACAAAGAGAUAUCCACAAUCCCCACAGUAAAAGCCUUUGACUAUCAUGUCGACAAAAUGAAACAAUUAUAUUGAACCUGGCUUCAUCCAGGGUUAGGUUCUUUGUUGUGGAAAUGUAUGCAAAUCAGCAUACAUGUAUUUAAACAAUGCCUCAUGCCUCUGUUAAGACCAUUUAUUGUCAUUUUUCCUAUUUGGUGACUUCUGCAUUAAGAGUCUUCCUCUACUGGAUUGGAUGGAAAAAGAAUAAAAAACACA